GGCCGGGGAGCGGCAGGGGCAUGUGGAUACUGGCUCUCUCCUUGUUCCAGAGCUUCGCGAAUGUUUUCAGUGAAGACCUACACUCCAGCCUCUACUUUGUCAAUGCAUCUCUGCAAGAGGUAGUGUUUGCCAGCACCACGGGGACUCUGGUGCCCUGCCCCGCAGCAGGCAUCCCUCCUGUGACUCUCAGAUGGUACCUAGCCACGGGCGAGGAGAUCUACGAUGUCCCCGGGAUCCGCCACGUCCACCCCAACGGCACUCUCCAAAUUUUCCCCUUCCCUCCUUCAAGCUUCAGUACCUUAAUCCAUGAUAAUACUUAUUAUUGCACAGCUGAAAAUCCUUCAGGGAAAAUUAGAAGUCAGGAUGUCCACAUCAAGGCUGUUUUACGGGAGCCCUAUACAGUCCGUGUGGAGGACCAGAAAACCAUGAGAGGCAAUGUUGCGGUCUUCAAGUGCAUUAUCCCCUCCUCGGUGGAGGCGUACAUCACUGUCGUCUCAUGGGAGAAAGACACUGUUUCACUUGUCUCAGGAUCUAGAUUUCUCAUCACAUCCACGGGAGCCUUGUAUAUUAAAGAUGUACAGAAUGAAGAUGGAUUGUAUAACUACCGCUGCAUCACGCGGCAUCGAUACACCGGAGAGACGAGGCAGAGCAACAGCGCCAGACUUUUUGUAUCAGACCCAGCGAACUCGGCCCCAUCCAUACUGGAUGGGUUUGACCAUCGCAAAGCCAUGGCUGGGCAGCGUGUGGAGCUGCCUUGCAAAGCGCUUGGGCACCCUGAGCCAGAUUACCGCUGGCUGAAGGACAACAUGCCCCUGGAACUUUCAGGGAGGUUCCAGAAGACCGUGACGGGGCUGCUCAUUGAGAACAUUCGCCCCUCGGACUCAGGCAGCUAUGUGUGUGAAGUGUCCAACAGAUACGGAACGGCUAAGGUGAUAGGCCGCCUGUACGUGAAACAGCCACUGAAAGCCACCAUCAGUCCCAGGAAGGUUAAAAGCAGCGUGGGUAGCCAAGUUUCCUUGUCCUGCACCGUGACAGGAACUGAGGACCAGGAACUCUCCUGGUACCGCAAUGGUGAAAUCCUCAACCCUGGAAAAAAUGUGAGGAUCACAGGGAUCAACCACGAAAACCUUAUUAUGGAUCACAUGGUCAAAAGUGACGGGGGCGCAUACCAGUGCUUUGUGCGCAAGGACAAGCUGUCCGCUCAAGACUAUGUGCAGGUGGUCCUUGAAGAUGGAACUCCCAAAAUUAUUUCUGCCUUUAGUGAAAAGGUGGUGAGUCCGGCAGAGCCGGUUUCCCUUAUGUGCAACGUGAAGGGAACACCUUUGCCCACGAUCACGUGGACGCUGGACGACGACCCCAUUCUCAAGGGUGGCAGUCACCGCAUCAGCCAGAUGAUCACGUCGGAGGGGAACGUGGUCAGCUACCUGAACAUCUCCAGCUCGCAGGUCCGGGACGGGGGAGUCUACCGCUGCACUGCCAACAACUCGGCGGGAGUCGUCCUGUACCAGGCUCGAAUAAACGUAAGAGGGCCUGCAAGCAUUCGACCAAUGAAAAACAUCACAGCAAUAGCGGGACGGGACACAUAUAUUCACUGUCGUGUGAUUGGCUACCCGUAUUACUCCAUUAAGUGGUACAAGAACUCUAACCUGCUUCCUUUCAACCACCGCCAAGUGGCAUUUGAGAACAAUGGAACUCUUAAACUUUCGGAUGUGCAAAAGGAAGUGGACGAGGGGGAGUACACGUGCAACGUGUUGGUUCAACCACAACUCUCCACCAGCCAGAGCGUCCACGUGACGGUGAAAGUUCCACCUUUCAUACAACCCUUUGAGUUUCCAAGAUUCUCCAUUGGGCAGCGGGUCUUCAUCCCGUGUGUCGUGGUCUCAGGGGACUUACCCAUCACCAUCACUUGGCAGAAGGAUGGCCGGCCAAUCCCUGGGAGCCUUGGGGUGACCAUUGACAAUAUUGACUUCACAAGCUCCUUGAGGAUUUCCAAUCUCUCCCUGAUGCACAAUGGGAAUUACACCUGCAUCGCCCGGAAUGAGGCCGCCGCCGUGGAGCACCAAAGCCAGUUGAUUGUGAGAGUUCCUCCCAAGUUUGUAGUUCAGCCGCGGGACCAGGAUGGGAUUUAUGGCAAAGCUGUCAUCCUCAAUUGUUCUGCUGAGGGUUACCCUGUACCUACCAUCGUGUGGAAAUUCUCUAAAGGUGCUGGGGUUCCCCAGUUCCAGCCAAUUGCCCUAAAUGGCCGAAUCCAAGUUCUCAGCAAUGGGUCGUUGCUGAUCAAGCAUGUCGUGGAGGAAGACAGUGGCUACUACCUCUGCAAGGUCAGCAACGAUGUGGGCGCAGACGUCAGCAAGUCCAUGUACCUCACGGUUAAAAUUCCUGCGAUGAUAACAUCAUAUCCAAAUACUACCCUGGCUACGCAGGGGCAGAAAAAGGAGAUGAGCUGCACGGCGCAUGGUGAGAAGCCCAUUAUAGUCCGCUGGGAGAAGGAGGACCGAAUCAUUAACCCUGAGAUGGCCCGUUAUCUUGUGUCCACCAAGGAGGUGGGAGAAGAGGUGAUUUCUACUCUGCAGAUUUUGCCAACUGUGAGAGAAGAUUCUGGUUUCUUUUCCUGCCAUGCUAUUAAUUCUUAUGGGGAGGACCGUGGAAUAAUUCAGCUCACAGUGCAAGAGCCCCCAGACCCUCCCGAAAUUGAGAUCAAAGAUGUCAAAGCACGCACAAUUACGCUCAGGUGGACCAUGGGGUUUGAUGGAAACAGCCCCAUCACGGGCUACGAUAUUGAAUGCAAAAAUAAAUCAGACUCCUGGGAUUCUGCUCAGAGAACCAAAGAUGUUUCCCCUCAGCUGAACUCGGCCACCAUCAUUGAUAUCCACCCUUCCUCCACCUACAGCAUCCGCAUGUACGCCAAGAACCGGAUUGGCAAGAGCGAGCCCAGCAACGAGCUCACCAUCACGGCGGACGAGGCAGCUUCAGAGUGCAGCCAGGAAGAUGCUGGCUGCAUUUGCAAGAGCUACUGGCGGCCACAGGGGUGGAAUCUGGGUCUGAUGCUCAGUUUGACUGUCACAGCUUCCACCUGCCUCCUGGCAGUGCCAUUCCCUGCCAUUCCCAUCUGUAUGUCCCUUCCAGCCCAGUGUCACUCUCACUCACUACCUGCUCUCAGCCUCAUCCCUGUGGAUUCCAGUACUCAGUUUGUCUCCACACUUGUCCUCUCCUCGUAUAUCACGAAUGUCCCUAGCUUCAUCUGUGCUUGUACCAUCCCCCACCCCUGUGAUCACCAUGGAUACCUCACCUCAGAGUCACUUGAGCCUCUCUGCGUUCCUUGGUGUCUUCUGUCCUUGCACCUGGAUGCAGCUGUGUUAGCCAAUUGCUUUGCCGACAGCAUUGCACCCUCCAAGGCAACGUCCAGUCGCCCUUCAGCUCAGGCUCCCAAGAAACAUUUGCAAAAUGGGAUUAUCCGUGGCUACCAAAUAGGUUACCGAGAGUACAGCACUGGGGGUAACUUCCAAUUCAACAUCAUCAGUGUCGACACCAGCGGGGACAGUGAGGUUUACACCCUGGACAACCUGAAUAAGUUCACUCAGUACGGCCUGGUGGUGCAGGCCUGUAACCGGGCCGGCACGGGGCCUUCUUCUCAGGAAAUCAUCACAACCACUCUCGAGGAUGUGCCCAGUUACCCCCCUGAAAAUGUCCAAGCCAUAGCAACAUCACCAGAAAGCAUAUCAAUAUCCUGGUCCACACUUUCCAAGGAAGCCUUGAAUGGAAUUCUCCAGGGGUUCAGAGUCAUUUACUGGGCCAACCUCAUGGACGGAGAGCUGGGUGAGAUUAAAAACAUCACCACCACACAGCCUUCCCUGGAGCUGGACGGGCUGGAAAAGUACACCAACUACAGCAUCCAGGUGCUGGCCUUCACCCGCGCAGGAGACGGGGUCAGGAGUGAGCAGAUCUUCACCCGGACCAAAGAGGAUGUUCCAGGUCCUCCCGCGGGCGUGAAGGCAGCGGCGGCCUCAGCCUCCAUGGUCUUUGUGUCCUGGCUUCCCCCUCUCAAGCUGAACGGCAUCAUCCGAAAGUACACUGUAUUCUGCUCCCACCCCUAUCCCACAGUGAUCAGCGAGUUUGAGGCCUCUCCCGACUCAUUUUCCUACAGAAUUCCCAACCUGAGUAGGAAUCGUCAGUACAGCGUCUGGGUGGUGGCUGUGACUUCAGCUGGAAGAGGCAACAGCAGUGAAAUCAUCACAGUCGAGCCAUUAGCGAAAGCUCCUGCGCGAAUCCUGACCUUCAGUGGGACAGUGACUACCCCAUGGAUGAAAGACAUUGCCUUGCCUUGUAAGGCUGUUGGGGACCCUUCUCCUGCGGUCAAAUGGAUGAAAGACAGUAACGGGACACCCAGUCUAGUAACGAUUGAUGGGCGGAGGAGCAUCUUUAGCAACGGAAGCUUCAUUAUUCGCACAGUGAAAGCAGAAGACUCUGGCUAUUACAGCUGCAUCGCCAAUAACAACUGGGGAUCUGAUGAAAUUAUUUUAAACUUACAAGUACAAGUUCCACCAGAUCAGCCUCGGCUUACAGUCUCCAAGACCACGUCUUCCUCCAUCACCCUUUCUUGGCUCCCUGGAGACAACGGGGGCAGCUCCAUCAGAGGAUACAUACUGCAGUACUCUGAGGACAACAGCGAGCAGUGGGGGAGUUUUCCAAUCAGCCCCAGCGAACGUUCCUACCGCUUGGAAAAUCUCAAAUGUGGGACUUGGUAUAAGUUCACACUGACAGCCCAAAACGGAGUGGGCCCAGGGCGUAUAAGUGAAAUCAUAGAAGCAAAGACCUUAGGAAAAGAGCCCCAGUUCUCAAAGGAGCAGGAGCUGUUUGCCAGCAUCAACACCACGCGCGUGAGGCUAAACCUCAUUGGCUGGAAUGACGGCGGCUGCCCCAUCACCUCCUUCACACUGGAGUACAGGCCCUUUGGGACCACGGUUUGGACCACAGCUCAGAGGACCUCUCUCUCCAAGUCCUACAUCCUGUAUGACCUGCAGGAAGCCACCUGGUAUGAGCUGCAGAUGCGGGUGUGCAACAGCGCUGGCUGCGCGGAGAAGCAGGCCAACUUCGCUACGCUGAACUACGACGGCAGUACAAUUCCUCCACUCAUUAAAUCAGUUGUCCAAAGCGAAGAAGGGCUGACGACCAACGAGGGGCUCAAGAUGCUGGUGACCAUCUCCUGUAUCCUGGUGGGGGUCUUGCUGCUGUUCGUGCUCCUGCUGGUUGUGCGGAGGAGGCGGCGGGAGCAGAGGCUGAAGAGGCUGCGAGAUGCAAAGAGUUUAGCUGAAAUGCUCAUGAGUAAGAAUACCCGGACUUCAGAUACCUUAAGCAAGCAGCAGCAAACCCUGCGAAUGCACAUCGACAUUCCCAGGGCUCAGCUUUUGAUUGAAGAGAGAGACACAAUGGAGACCAUCGAUGAUCGCUCCACGGUUCUGUUGACGGAUGCUGACUUUGGAGAGGCAGCGAAGCAGAAGUCCCUGACGGUCACUCACACGGUCCAUUACCAAUCGGUGUCUCAGGCCACUGGGCCCUUAGUGGAUGUUUCAGAUGCUCGGCCGGGAACGAAUCCCACCACCAGGAGGAAUGCCAAGGCUGGGCCCACAGCGAGAAACCGCUAUGCCAGCCAGUGGACCCUCAACAGACCCCACCCCACCAUCUCAGCACACACCCUCACCACAGACUGGAGGCUGCCAACACCCAGGGCUACAGGAUCAGUAGACAAAGAGAGCGACAGUUACAGCGUCAGCCCUUCGCAAGACACAGAUCGAGCAAGAAGCAGCAUGGUCUCCACAGAAAGUGCCUCCUCCACUUACGAAGAACUGGCCAGGGCCUAUGAACACGCCAAGAUGGAAGAGCAACUGAGGCACGCCAAGUUCACCAUCACAGAGUGCUUCAUAUCAGACACGUCAUCUGAACAGUUGACGGCAGGGACAAAUGAGUACACGGACAGUCUGACCUCCAGCACCCCUUCCGAAUCGGGAAUCUGCAGGUUCACUGCAUCUCCCCCAAAACCUCAGGAUGGAGGAAGAGUAAUGAAUAUGGCAGUUCCAAAGGCACAUCGGCCAGGUGGUCCAGGCACCAGCAGGGACCUGAGCUUAGGACAAGCAUGCUUGGAACCUCAGAAAAGCCGGACCCUGAAGCGCCCCACGGUCCUGGAGCCCAUCCCGAUGGAAGCCGCCUCCUCCGCCUCCUCCACGAGAGAAGGACAGUCGUGGCAGCCGGGGGCCGUGGCCACAUUACCUCAGCGGGAGGGGGCAGAGCUGGGACAGGCAGCUAAAAUGAGCAGCUCCCAAGAAUCACUGCUCGACUCCCGGGGCCAUUUGAAAGGCAACAAUCCCUACGCAAAAUCUUACACCCUGGUAUAACAGACAGCAUGACUGGACAGCGGUUGUAAAUACAAUUCAAACAAUUCAAUCAAAGCUACCUUUUUUUUACGGAAUUCCAAUAUUUAUAAUUAAAGAAAAUUGCCAAAAUAUAUUAAAAAAAAAAAAAAAAGAGAGAGAAAAUACUGAAACCAC